AUGGCAGCCUCCUGCAAGCGCAUCGCCAUCUUCGGGGCCACCGGCAUGACCGGCUCGGCCACCCUGGCGCAGGCCCUCGAGGCGGGCUACCAGGUGACCGUGCUGGUGCGGGACCCAGCUCGCCUCCCCCCUGAGCUCCAGCCAGCGCAUGUCCUUGUGGGAGACGUGCUGAACCCUGAGGACGUCAACCGGGCCGUGAAGGGCCAAGACGCCGCGAUCAUCAUUCUGGGCACCCGCAAUGACCUGAGUCCCACCACCAUGAUGUCCGAAGGCACCCGGAAUAUUGUGGAAGCCAUGAAGGCCCACAGGAUCCGCAAGGUGGUGGUUUGUCUCUCAGCAUUCCUGAUGUGGGAUUUGGAGAAGGUUCCUGCCAAGUUGCGGCCGCUGACGGAGGACCACAUCCGAAUGCAGCAGAUCUUGAAGGAGUCUGGGCUGGACUGUGUCUAUGUCAUGCCCCCCCACAUCGCAGGUGACCAGCCGCUCACAGGGGACUACACAGUGACGGUGGACUCUUCGGGGGGCUCCAGAGUAAUCUCCAAGCAUGACCUUGGGCACUUCUUCCUCAAGUGCUUGACCACCUCUGAAUAUGAUGGGAAAAACGUCUACCUGUCGAGGCAUUACCCUAAGGAGUAGUGCCAGC